UUUUCUUUUUAGAUCGUGCGUGCGCAACCCAGAAGUAUCAAUGGAAACCAGAAGUUAUCAAUGAAAAACAACAAAAGCACAGCGCAUCACGGUGACGUAAGUAGUAGGCGGAGCGUUAAGGAAAACGCUCGCCCCAUCGCCGCCUUUGUCGUCUGCAGUGUGGAAAGGCAGGAGCAACGCAGGAGACCUGUGUGGGUUUUUACAACUCGACUCUAAGCAACGUAUUAAGUGAUCUUUGCUGCAUAUAUCCGGCUGGUCCUACCAUUUAAAAUCGUUAAGUUUAGAAGUUUGUCUAAUAGCGUUUUGAGGUUUCUGUGUAUUGAUCAGUGUGUGGGUCGCUGAUGUUUCCUGCUUUUCUGCGUGCCGACUCGUCGUACUUGGCCCACGGCCACAAGACAGUGGCAGGGACCGGCAACGCGAUCCAGCAAGACCACAGCCCGAUUCUGCCUUGCUUGCAAUAGCUUCGAAGACGUGCAGCUCGGGCCACCAUGGAACCCAGCCGCAAAGAGUGCAACUGCAAGAUCUGCCCGGAAUGCCAGAAGAAGAUUCGUGCUAAGCUACCGGGCUGGCUGCAGGAGCAGCCGGGCCUGAAGGAGCUCGAGGAGCAGAAGCGCUUGUCGCAGGAAGCGGGAGAAGCUGGUUUUCCGGGCGCCGCUCUGCUGGUGACCAAAUCGUCGGCCGCUGCCGACAGAAUGCUUGCUUCUGCCCUUGGAUUUCGACAAGAUUCGAGCGAAAGUGAGUCGUCGGAGAGCAGCCAGAAAACCGAGACUUCGGACGUGGGCACUGGCCGCGCCAGUCCUGGAGACCCUCCUUCGCAAGAAGGGGAGGCCUCGAGCUCCGAGUCUUCUGGCCAGGCUGAAGGAAAGGAGCCCAAGCCAGGCCCAUUCACAACAACUGGUUCUGAAGGCGCUGAGCUGCCUCGUGAUUGUCCAUGAUGGCUGUCGGGACCAUCGACCACGGCGCUUUCAAGCAGCGUCUGGUGCAUCAUUGAUGAAGCGAUGCGCACUGCAAUUAUCAAGAGGUUUGAUCUUUAGACAAUAAACGUGCUUUCGUUU